AUGGCCCAGGCAGGGGGAGUCGUGCGCUUCCGCCCCGAAGGAGACUGCGCUGUGUCGCCCCCGCGGUUCACCCGCAACCUGGAUCGGAGACCCUGGCUGCCUGCCACCAAAAGCAUGGAGUCCACUGCCUCCAGCCCACAGCGCUGCCUCACGCCCAAUCUCAGCACGGGCAGGAUCCAGUUACUGCGCAAGAGCCUGGCUCCCGAGGCCCGGCGGUGUCAGCUGGGCAUGUAUAACAGCACUGGCUCCUUAAUCCGGAAGGCACCAGACGCUGGCCCCUUUGGCAACGGCAACUGCCCAAGCUCUGGGCGGGUGACAGCACCGUGCACCCCGCUGAGAAGCAGGCAAAGCUCCUUGCUGUCCUCUCCGGGCAGCCGCAGCCCGCUGGUGGCCCCGGCGCCCGAGGGGCAGAGCUCUGUGGUGACGUUCCGCUUCAUCGAAAAGGCCAGCGUGAAAACCCUCAAUGGUCUCCCAUCGGGUGAGCCCAGGAGGGAGAAUGGGCCAAGUCCCCACGGCCUGAGCCGCAGCUUGGAGUUCGGGGAAGCCAUCCGCUGCGGUUCCAGCAAAGAGGGGAGCUCCUGCCCUGCCAUGCAAAGCCAGCCUUCCCCAGGCACCAGGCAGGGCAUAAGUGAGAGCCUGCGGCUGACAGCCCGGCCGUCCACGUGUGGCUCUGUGAGGGGGCCUCCUGGAGGCAGGUGCCCCCAACCCGCCCAGAACAGCCCGUUCCAGGAGCACCUCAGUCGGAAGCUGAAGCUGGAGGUCUCUGCCUCAGAUCCAUUCCUGGCCGGUAGCCGUUCUCCUGUGGGCAAGCAGCCCUCUCUGAGUCCUGGCAACGGAAGGGCAGCAGGGCUGCCCCAUGCUCUGAACACCAACUGCCUCUUCAGCUCCCUCUCCAAUGGGCUGGGGACACCAUCCGAGCACAUCUCAGCGCUCCUGCGCAACCCCUUGGGCAUGGAGCCCCAUGACCAGGGGGGCUCGUGGGCAUGUUCCCGGGAGAGCUCAGCCCAUGCCCAGCGCAUUGCCAAGGCCAAGUGGGAAUUCUUCUAUGGCUCACUGGACUCUCCGGGGACAGGCACCUCCCCCCAGACACCUCUUGAGUCUCCGUCACUGGCAAAGCCCCUGCAGAAGCCCAGCCACCAGCUGCCACCAGAAUCAGAGAAACCAAUGGCGGAGCGCAGCUUGUGUCACGUCGAGGUGGAAAUAGAGAUGGCUCCUGCAGGCAGUAAGAAGCCAGGAUCCUGUGAAACUGGCAUCAUAAGGAGGACGGUGAAGUAUUCAGAGACGGAUCUGGACUCAGUGCCGCUGCGAUGCUAUCGCGAGACCAAUAUUGAUGAUAUCCUGGCUGAGAAGGAUGAAGGGGAUUCGGCCAUCGAGAGCCAGAAGGACAGCGAGAGCAAUCCGAGUGUCACGGGAACCUUGGGGAGAAGGAACAGCGUGCCAGAGGACCCCUUUCCCCAGCGCAGGGGAGAGCAGGACGGGAAGUGUCUGAGGAACAGGAUGCAGGGCGAAGAGAUGGACGAGGAUGACGAGGUGUUUGAGGCAACGAGGCAGGAGAACAGGGGCAGGAUCAUGGACAGAGAUGAACAGGGCCUGCUCAAGUCGCCAGUGCCCUUCCUCCUGGGACACAGCCUCUCCAAGGAUGGGAUGGACUCUUUCAGCAAGCAUUUCGAGAGCAUCAUGGAGUCCCAUCGAGCCAAGGGGACGUCCUACACCAGCCUAGAUUCCAUUGAUGUUCUCUCCUCCCCAGCCCGUACCCGUGGUACCUAUUUCACCUUUGACCUCCCAACCCUCACCCCGGAAAUACAGGACCAGAUCCGAGACAGCGCCAAGCUGAUUGAGCAGAAUUUUGCCCCUCUGGCCCACCUGGAGCCAGAUUCUGGAACCAGCUCUGCCACUGAUGCCCCCUGGACCGAGAGGGAAGAGGAGCAGGGGAGAAGGGGGAAGAAUGGCUUUCACAGCCCCUGCCGCUCGGAGGACAGCUUUGGACUGCCCCUGACCUCCAUCGUAAGUGACCAUCCUCUGAGUCAGCUGGUCUCGGACUCGGACUCUGAGAUGGACAGCACGGAGCAGCUGGCACUGGGCAGCACAGACACGCUGUCCAAUGGGCACAAGGCUGACCUUGAGGCUGCCAAGCGCCUGGCAAAGAGGCUCUACAACCUGGAUGGAUUCAAAAAAGCAGACGUGGCUCGCCAUUUGGGGAAGAAUAAUGAGUUCAGUAAGAUGGUGGCUGGGGAAUAUCUGAAAUUCUUCGUGUUCACUGGGAUGAGUCUGGACCAGGCUCUCAGGUCCUUUCUGAAGGAGCUGGCCCUGAUGGGGGAGACUCAGGAGAGAGAGCGAGUCCUGGCUCAUUUUUCACAACGCUAUUAUCAGUGCAACCCCAAUGCUGUCUCCUCUGAGGACGGAGUCCACACGCUGACCUGUGCCCUGAUGCUCUUAAACACAGACCUCCAUGGGCAUAACAUCGGGAAGAGAAUGUCCUGCUCUGACUUCAUUGGGAACCUGGAAGGCCUCAACGGAGGGAGUGAUUUCCCCAAGGAGCUGCUCAAGGCUCUGUACAGCUCCAUCAAGAAUGAGAAGUUGCAGUGGGCCAUUGAUGAGGAGGAGCUGAGGAAGUCCCUCUCUGAGCUGGCCGACCCCAACCCCAAAUCCAUCAAGCGCAUCAGCAGCUGCAGUAACCCUUUCCUGGACUUCUCGCAGGACCCCAGCAUCGCCACCUACAAGUACGGCCUGCUGGUGCGCAAGAGCCAUGCGGACUCCGACUGCAAGAAGACCCCCAGAGGAAAGAGAGGCUGGAAGACUUUCCACGCCAUCCUGAAGGGAAUGAUCCUCUAUCUGCAGAAGGAGGAAUAUAAGCCCGGGAAGCCCCUGGCAGAGGAAGAGCUGAAGAACGCCAUCAGCAUCCACCACGCACUAGCUACGCGAGCAUCCGACUACAGCAAGAGACCGAACGUCUUCUACCUCAGGACAGCCGAGUGGCGGGUCUUCCUGUUCCAGGCCCAGAAUACAGAACAGAUGCACUCCUGGAUCACACGCAUCAAUGUGGUGGCAGCCAUGUUCUCUGCUCCCCCAUUCCCCGCAGCCAUCGGGUCCCAGAAGAAGUUCAGCCGGCCCCUGCUGCCCAGCUCUACCACCAGGCUGUCCCAGGAGGAGCAGGUGAAGAGCCAUGAGUCCAAGUUCAAGGCCAUGUCGGCAGAGCUGGUGGAGCAUCGCUCCUCGCUGCCUGAGAAGAAGGUGAAGGGCAAGGAGUAUGAGGAACUGAAGCAGAAGGAGGAGUACUUGGAGUUCGAGAAAACACGCUAUGGCACCUAUGCCAUGCUGCUGCGUGCCAAGCUGAAAGCCGGCUCUGAGGACCUGGCGGCCUUCGAGGCCACACUGUUCGAUGCGGCCAUCAGCGAGGAGGACAGCCUCAAAAAAUCCCGCUCCAGCCCCUCCCUCAACCUGGAGCUACCUAGCACGGGCACCAAGGUCAAGCGCAACGUCUCGGAGCGCAGCAGCCGCCAGCCCGCCAGCAACGUGCAGAAAUCCUAG